AUGAAUCCCGACAACAAGGAGGUCUGCCUUAUUAUCGGCGCGUCCAGGGGCAUAGGUCGGCAGGUCGCCGUUGACCUCGCGAAACACGGCUACUUCAUUGUCGUCGCCGCCAAAACCACGUCCGACGCCAGCGCCAUCCCGGCCUCUUCGUUCCCGCCCGACCCGAACUCGUCCGCGUCGACCAUCAACACCGUCGCCCGCGAGAUCAUCGAAGCCGGCGGCUCCGCGCUCGCCCUGCCCGUCGACGUGCGGGACGUGGACAACGUCAAGGACCUGGUCGACGAAGUCGCCCGCCGCCUGGGCCGGCUGGACGUGCUGAUCUACAACUCCGGCGCGAUCUGGUGGUCCGCGGUGGAGACCACCCCCGUAAAGCGCUUCAUGCUGCUCCAGCAGGUCAACCCGCAGGGGCUGUACGCGGCCGUGUUGGCGGCGCUGCCUCAUUUCGGGAAACGGGGCUGGAAGGGCCGCAUCAUCGUGGUGUCGCCGCCCAUCUACUCGCGGUUCUUCCGGGGCAAGACCGCGUACGCGAUCGGCAAGGUGGGCAUGAGCGUCUUGACCAAGGGCCUCGCCAUGGAUUUUGUGAGGCAGGGACGGAAGGAAAUGGCCAUCACGAGUAUUUGGCCUGCCGCGUCUAUCGAAUCAGCAGCGACUCAAGACUCCGUGAAACGAGACCCAGAACUCGUCAAGGAUCUCAGAAAGCCUACAAUCUACUCCGACGCCAUCUUGGCAAUGCUGCGAUCCCCCGCCGAAGAAGUCAACGGCUUGCUCGACUUGGACGAAGACUUCCUGCGCAAGAAAGGCGUGACCGAUUUCUCGCAGUACAGCGUCGUCCCCGGCGCGACGCCGCGCCGCAUCAUGCCCGCUCAGUUUCCCAUCUUGGAGGUUGCCGAGCAGGACGAUGAGGGGAGGAGGGUCGACAGUGUGGUUCUCCGGCAGGGCAGGGAGGAGAAGGCGAGUAGUAAAUUGUAA